GGGAAGCUUGACUGAUCUCUUCUACAGAACAGUUCCCCACCUCCCAACUACACAUCCACAGAUACGCAGUUGCAUCAGGGAGGCAGAAGUGUGGGUUGGAUUGGUUUUGUGCAUGUAUGUGUUCAAGGCUUGUGAACAACUCUCAGUUGAAAUCUAGAAUGAUGCAGACUCCUCUUUUCAUCAGCCUCCUUGCUGCCUUCAUAGCCCUGGGUGAGUAUGGAAACUUUUUUGGGGAUGGGGUAGGGGGGAGGCUUUGCAGUCCCAGAAAAAAAUGAUGCAUGUUUCAUCUCACAGAUAGUCCUCUGUGCAAAACAAUCAUCAUUACUCCCUGGGGUUCAGAACUUUUGCAGGAGUCCACUCAUUAGCAUCUGCAACAAUAUAUUGAAAUGGGAAACUAUGGGUGCUAAGGAAAUAAUAAUAAUAAUAAUAAUAAUAAUAAUAAUAAUUCAUUUAUACCCUGCCCAUCUGGCUGGGUUUCCCCAGCUGCCUCUGGGCAGCUUCCAACAAAAGAUUAAAAAUACAGUAAAGAAUCAAACAUUUAAAACUUCCCUAAACAGAGCUGCCUUCAGAUGUCUUCUAAAAGUCAGAUUGUUGUUUAUUUCCUUGACAUUGGAUGGGAGGGCAUUCCACAAGUGCAUCCAUCUUCGGUGAUAUAAUAUGCAUGCUCAUUUCCUAGACUAAAGGCUUGGCUGGGGGAGAAAAGAGCCAAGCUUGGAACUAAACAGACAAGUGAAGCUGAGCAUCCUGUUAUGACAACCUGCCACGACUUUGCUGAUUCGGUGAGAUACAAUUUCCUGAUAAGGCAUAAAAAUAAAAAAAAGAGAGAGGGAGGCAUUAGGAGAGCACAUACUUUCCAUGUGUUGUAACAUCUGAGCAUUCCAAGGGUUGGGAGUCUGUGCUUUUACUCUCACCCGUCUGGCAGUCAGAGAGAUGGAAGAGGUGAGAGUUUAAUGCCUCUCAAACAUACCCUGUGGUAAUGUAGUUUUUCCAAGGGCUGUUGACACUACAGUCAACCAGGAGGAAACACAAUUCCAAAGAGAUUGGAGUAAAUUUAUGGUUUAUACAAAUAAUAACUGUAGAGAUUUGAAAACUCUAGCAGGAAUGAAAUAAAUCUUACGACGUGGACUGGAUAUAAUAAGAAACUGCGGAAAGGAGACUGAAGUAAGAAAACCUGUUGAAAGGAGGGAGGGAAGUCAAUGCACGGCAGAGUGUUGGGAAUGAAUGUGGACAGAAGAUUGUUGAAUAAUACUGUACUUUGUUUGUGUGAAGUGAAAAACCAAUAAAAAGCAUUUAUUAUUUUAAAAGACACAAUGUGCACUAGCAUAUAGCUCUGAGAGUUACAUGUCAAAGUGGGUGUGUCCAAAUUUAAGGAAUGGGUGUGGCCUAUUGGAUUUAUUUUUUAAAUGACAACGUGAGGUUCGGGUGGGAUCAAGAAAAAUCCUCUUCGAAUGACAAUGAAUCUGUGAUAGAAAAAAUAAAAUGGACAGAUUUGAGGGGGCCUUGCAGGGGCACAAAACAUUUGACAUCUCAGCGGGGGUACCUAUUGGAAUCAUAUUUGUUUUGCAUAAUUGUUUUUUUGGGGGGGUUCUUGGAGGGCCACAGAAUUUUUUGGCAGCACAUGAGAUUUAUGGAAGCAGUCCGAUAUAAAAAUUAAGAAUGGAAAAUUUUUGAGACCCUCAACCCCCCCCCCCCCAAAUAAACAGCUUUGGAAUCAUGAUCAUGGACUCAUAGAAAGAGAGGGAUAGCAGGUGUCGAUGUUUUUUAUAAGAAAAUGAAAUUUCUUUUUUUAAAAAUGACAUUUAAAAGCACAGCUUGUGAGGUAGCCACCCCCCCCCCCAGUUUAGUGGGACAGUUGCAUAAGGAAUUGGCAUCAUAUAUGGUGUUGGUUUUAUUUUUAAAAAACACAAUUGGUUUUCCAAUAAAGCCUCUAAGUAGUUUGCAGAAAAAUGGAAUAAAUAAAAUCAUUGCUGGGCCUUGAAGUCUGUUCUGUAUUGUUGCUCUUUGGCUGGAGCCCUGGCUGACUAUUCCCAAAUUCCUACUCUUAGCUGCAACUAGCAAGGAGUAACAACAACAACAACAACAAUAAUUUAUUAAUUAUACACCACCCAUCUGGCUGGGUUUCCCCAGCCACUCUGAGCGGCUCCCAACCAAAUAUUAAAAACACAAUACAGCAUUAAACAUUAAAAACUUCACUAAACAGGGCUGCCUUCAGAUGUCUUUUAAAAGUCAGAUAGUUGUUUAUUUCCUUGACAUCUGAUGGGAGGGCAUUCCACAGGGUGGGUGCCACUACCAAGAAGGCCCUCUGGUGGUUCUCACAGGGAGGGAACCACCAGAAGGCCCUCGGAGCUGGACCUCAGUGUCCGGACUGAACGAUCCCUGUAACCUCACUUCUCAUUGUGAGAGAACGCCAGAAGGCCCUUGACGCUGGACCUCAGUGUCCAGGAUGGACAAUGGAGACGCUCCUUCAGGUAUACUGGGCCAAGGCCAUUUAGGGCUUUAAAGGUCAGCGCCAACACUUUGAAUUGUACUUGGAAAUGUAAUGGGAGCCAAUGUAGGUCUUUCAGGACUAGUCUGAUAUGGUCUCGGCGGCCACUCACAGUUACCAGUCUAGCUCCCGUAUUGUGGGUUAAUUGCAGUUUCUGGGUCACCUUCAAAGGUAGCUCCACGUAGAGCACAUUGCAGUAGUCCAAGCAGUAGAUAACCAGAGCAUGCACCACUCUGGCGAGACAGUCCGCGGGCAGGUGGGGUCUCAACCUGCAUACCAGAUGGAGCUGGGAGACAGUUGCCCUGGACACAGAAGUCACCUGCGCCUCCAUGGAAAGCUGUGAGUCCAAAAUGACUCCCAGGCUGCGCACCUGGUGCUUCAGGGUCACAGUUACCCCAUUCAAGACCAGGGAGUCCUCCACACCAGCCCACACCCUGUCCCCCAAGAACAGUACUUCUGUCUUGUCAGGAUUCAACCUCAAUCCGUCACUGGGAGACGAGGGAAACAAAGUGAUAUGAUUAAACUAAACAUCUGAAAUAUUAUUGAUUGAUUGAUUGAUUGAUUGGGUUUUUAUAUACAAGAAUGUUAUACAAAUAAGUAUACCAAGUUUUCUCAUGUAUAUCACAAAAAACAGCAUAAUAAAUGUGGGGGGAAAUAUCUACAACCAUAUGUUUCAUUAUUAGUGGUCAGUGUAUAAGUUCCUGGUUUAUGAAUUGGUUAAAACAAUUAGGGAGAAGGAGAAGGAGAAGAAACAAUUCUCACUACAGCCAACCAAAGACAACCAACCACACCCUAAGCAUGUCUCUCACCACCAGGAAAUAUUUUGACUGCAGCACAGGACCUGGAGAGGAAGCUGCUGUAAUUACGUUAUAUCAGGACUCUGCAUGCAAGUAAUAUGAAAAAGAGACUGUGCAGGCAAUCAGUGUCUCCAGACCUCCCAAACCAAUGGAAAUUGAUGGGUUUCUGUUUGCUAACUGACCCCAGCACUUCGCUGCCACCCAGCUUAAUAGCUUUCCUACCCUGGGGACCCCGCUAGCUGAAGAGGAUAAUUGGGAUGAGGAGAGAGAGGGGGAUGGCGGGUUGAGAUUUCAUUGAUACUCUGGCAGAAAAGUACCGUACUUUUCCAUGUAUAAGACUAGGUUUUUUUUUUACUGAAAAAUUGUGUUUAAAAUAGGGGGUCGUCUUAUACAUGGGUCUUCUUUCUUUGGCAGUCACUCGAAGCCAAGUAAGUUUGCCUUCCAUAAACACAGUUUUAACAAUGAGUCCAUAAGUGACUGUGGAGGCCAGUUCUGGAUCCACAUGUCCUUCCACAGUGGGGACAUUGGUUUCUGGGCGGGAGUUGAUCACGGUGUGGAUUUGCCAAGUGUGCCUUCCCUAAGCACGUUUCUCCCUUGCGUCCUGAGUUCGAGUGUCUUCAAAGCCCAUGACACCUUUGGUAAAGGCUGUUCUCUAACUGGAGUGCUUGCAGGCCAGUGUUUCCCAGUUGUCAGUGUUUAUACCACAUUUUUUUAAUAUUUGCCUUGAAACAGUCUUUAAACCUCUUUUGUUGACCACCAGCAUUAUGCUUUCCAUUUUUAAGUUCUGAAUAGAAUAGUUGGUUUGGAAGACGAUAAUCAGGCAUCCGCACAACAUGACCAGUCCUGCCUAGGGGGGACGUGGGAUUGGUCGAUGCCGUGAGCUGUAAAUGGUCUGCAGCGUGUUAUUGAUGUCUGGGGCAAGGGGUGGUGUUGAUUGGGUGUUGGUGUGGAAAUUGGGUGGGCAAUAGGCUGCUUCUCCCAGCAAGGGGACAGACGUUAGUGAUUUCAUGCAAACCCCCCUCCCGUAAAAAAAGCUCAACAACUCUGGGCAAUCUUCCCCCAUUUUUAAAAUUUUUAGUCCCCCAAAAUAGAGUAUGGGAAAAGUAUAAAGAGUUAUUAGAACCUAAAAUGCCUUCGUGGUUCUCACCCUUAGAGGCGAUAGCAGUAAAAAGGAAAAAAAUAUGGAAUCAAACUGGGACAUAUAUAAGGAUUUAUUAGAAGAAAAAGAUAACAAAUUGAAACUGAAAGAUUAUGAGGAAAUAAAGCACCACCUAACAGGGUGGAUUCAGUACCACCAACUAAAUGAAGUGUUCAAAGCAGAUUUAAAAAAAAAGGUUUUGCAAAUGAAAUUUCAAUGUUAGAUAAAGAAUUAUUAAAUAAAACAAAGGUAAUUUCUAAAAUGUAUGAAAUUUUGUUGGAAUGGGAGAUGUUUUAUGACUUUAUCAUGUUUUAUGACUUUAUUGUGUUUUAUGACUUCCUUGAUAUUGUAUGUGGGCUGGAACUGGUCUGUGACCGAAAUAAUAAAAUUCAUUCAUUAACAAUUUUAAAAAUAAAUAAAUAGAACAUUAAACUUUUUUUAAAAAAACAAACUUCCUUAUAAAGGGCUGUCUUCCGGUGUCUUCUAAAGGUUGUAUGGUUACCGUAUUUAUCUCCUUUGCUUAGUGGUUGCAUAACUCCAUACCCUCCAGCAUUUAUCUGAUGAAAAUAGGGAUGUACUAAGGAAAAGAGGGACAUCAAAUAAGAAACCGGGACGGCUUCUGUAAAUCCAGGACCGUCUCUGAUGAUUGAGACACUUGGAGGGUCUGUAAUGACUUUAGCCAGAGGGAACCUGCCCAGGGUUUGAGUACACCUUGUUUUGAUACAUCUUGAGUUCUUAACUCUGGGUAAAGAAAAAAGCGGGAGAAGGAGAGAAAGGAAAAUUAACAACAUCGACUUUUCUUAUUUUCUGUGCUUUCAGGAAUGGCUCUAGAAUGUGAGCAAUGUAUUGGGCCGACAAGCCGCUGCUCAGGACCUAUGAUGCAAUGCACCCAGGAGCAAGACACAUGUGUUUCUCAGGCGUUGAGUGUCAGCCUUUCUGGGUUAGGUAAGUGGAGAUGACCUACAGCCACCAGCAGAUUUGAACAAAUGCGUAACAUCCGCUUGCCUGGGUGGGGAGCAGGGCAGGGCCAAGACAUUUGGGCAUCUGAGGAAGACCCCCAAAUGUCAACCCGCCCCCCAUUCCCACUAGGGAAGAAGAGGAGAGGUCCCAACAAAGGAGGAAUGGCAACUAAAGCUAUUUGAAUACAUUGAGUUCUCUAAAUGACAGAAACAAUUAGGAAUGGAACAAGCCAAAAGUUCACUAAGGAAUGGGAGUGCUAUAAAAAUUACCAUAUUUUUUGCUCUGUAAGACUCACUUUUUCCCUCCUAAAAAGUAAGGGGAAAUGUGUGUGCAUCUUAUGGAGCGAAUGCAGGAUGUGCAGCUAUCCCAGAAGCCAGAACAGCAAGAGGGAUUGCUGCUUUCACUGCGCAGCAAUCCCUCUUGCUGUUCUGGCUACUGAGAUUUAGAAUAUUUUUUUCCUUGUUUUCCUCCUCCAAAAACUACUGGUAGGUGCGCCUUGUGGUCUGGUGUGUCUUAUAGAGCAAAUACCUAGAAAAACACUGUUCUCAAAUAAAACCUUUAUUAUGCUUUGAUUAAUUUUUGCAAAAGACAAAACAAUUAUAAUAACCAACAAGCUAAUACGGUACCAAGGAAUGGAAAACAUCUAAAGAAGGCAGUUAAAGAAUGGGGGGGAAAAUGACCCAAAUUGAGGUGGUGGACGGAAGUCAAUUCAAAAGAUUAGAAUUGUUAAGGUUUGAUCAUUAAAUACAAGUAUGGAGAAUGGGUGGUGCGAAAGAUAAUUAGUGGCUAUGUAUUUUUUCACUUUAUUUUCUUUUAUUAUGUUACUUGGGUAUAGUUUGAAUUAUAGAUGGAAAAUGUUUAUGGAUUUAUGCAAAACAAAGCUUAAUAAAAAUAAUUAAAAAGAAAGAAAGAAGAGAAGAGGGAAGAUCUAUGUCAGGAACAAGGGGUUGAAGAAAGAUGGACACCUGCUUCCCCGGGGGACCCUGUUGCGUGAGGCAGUCUCCUCACCUUGCCUCUUGGUGGGGAGGAUAGUUCAGCUGGAUUCCUUGCUGUGGUUUAAUUCCCUGGAGAUUCCAAAUGUAACCAGUUACCCUACCUUCUGUCUGCAGAGGAGCUUUGGUUGAGCAUUAAGCAAGGAAACAAAGGGCAUUUCCUUGACUUGGAUUGAGAAAAGUGCUAAAAUUAUGAGAAUGAUGCCUGCUACGUAUCUAGCACAUAUCUAGUAAAAGGUAAAGGUAAAGGAUCCCUGGUAGUUAAGUCCAGUCGCGAACGACUCUGGGGUUGCGGCGCUCAUCUCGCUUUACUGGCCGAGGGAGCUGACGUUUGUCCGCAGACAGUUUUUCCGGGUCAGGUGGCCAGCAUGACUAAGCUGCUUCUGGCGAAACCAGAGCAGCGCAUGGAAACGCCGUUUACCUUCCCACCGGAGCGGUACCUAUUUAUCUACUUGCACUUUGAGGUGCUUUCAAACUGCUAGGUUGGCAGGAGCAGGGACCGAGCAAUGGGAGCUCACCCUGUCAUGGGGAUUCGAACCGCCAACCUUCCGAUUGGCAAGCCCAAGGCUCAGUGGUUUAGACCAUAGUGCCAUCCACGUCCCAUCACAUAUCUAGUACCCAGCUCUAAAUGACUUGGGAUCCAAGUACUUAAAGGAGUGGCUUCCUGCUAUCAACUGCAAUGCCCCUGCUGAUGGCUUUGCUGGUGGGAGCUGCUGCCCAGUUGGCACUGACCCACAACCAGGCCUUCUUAGUGGUGCUGGAGCACCCUCCCUGGUGAGGUGGCAUCUGUUUCCCACGUUAUUAACACCCAGGAGGAAGUUAAAACUAGGCAUUUAUUUAAUGGCUGAAAGAUGCCCCAUUGAUAUUAUCAGCUCAGGCCAUGUGACUGUUCUUGAAUGGUUUCCAUUUGUUUUAUUUGUUGAUUGUAUUUCUUUGCUGUUUUCUUGCUUCCGAACCUGGAUUCUUUUCAGGGUAGAGGUGGGCUAAGGAUUUAAUGAAACAUGAACUCGAGAAACUGGUGCACGAUGGGCCCGUGGCCUGCCUUGAGACCAUAUGCUACGAUUGCUAAAUAUGCUGCGGUGUGUGGCCGGUGGCUGCCCACAUUGAGGCUAAAGCUAUCGCUUGUGUUUCACAAGAUUUGCCUUCUUUUGAUCCCUCCAGAACAAAAUGUUUUUGAGAAGGGUUGCGGCUCAUCAAAAUUGUGCGGCAAAGGGCCCCAAAUCAUCAACACUGGCCCAUUUGGAACAACAGUAAUCGAGACUCAUUGCUGUGUGGGAGCUGCCUGCAAAACAACAUGGCCCCCUAGUAAGUCACCGCUUGUCUCUUUAUCCUUUCCUCACUCUUUUCAUCAGUAGCUUGCUGACAACCUGGUCACUGAGAUUCAUCCUGAUUUAGACUAAAGGUUGCAGGAAAAUGAGAAGACACCCACCUGCGGAAUAGUGACAGUUUAGAAGUGGCCAUUCUUUUUCCUUUAAAAAGAAAUGCUGUUGCUUCCCACACCCCUUGGGAAACCUCAGCAUUGAUUUGAUGUUUUACUGUGGCCUCUUGCUUCUUCCAGACUGCUUCGCCAAAAACAAUGCCCUAGGUGCAUCAGAACAAAUGCUCAACUAAGAUGGGAUAGAAUCAACCCCCCAUGUAAGUUUUGUGCAAGCAUAUCAGGAGGAAUGCUCAAUGAACAGGUCAUGUGGAUGAUGCUAAAACAUCAGGAACAGAUUCUCUUUACAAGACUGAAAAUCUUGGGCUAAGAAGAUGCUCUGUGCAAAGAAGGAGAACCUGUGGCUCUCUAGAUCAGGGUUUCCCAAACUUGGGUCUCUAGCUGUUUUUGAACUACAACUCCCAUCAUCCCUAGCUAGCAGGACCAGUGGUCAGGGAUGAUGGGAAUUGUAAUCAAAAAACAACUGGAGACCCAAGUUUGGGAAACCCUGCUCUCAAUGAUGGCAAACUGCAACUCCCAACAUCCCUGGCAACUGGCUAGCUGAGACUGAUGGGAUUUGAAGUCCAACAAUAGUGGAAAGGCUAUAGGUUCUCUGUCCCUGGCUCCAUGGAAAUCUGACCUAGAAUUGGAGGUGUGUGAGGAAAUGGGAGAGUGCAGAUGUUCAGUGGUAGGGCCAAUUCAAAUGCCUGACGGUUUAAGAAGGGAGGGCAGGAGGAACCUCUCCCAAAGAUGGGUAGAGACAAAAAAUUGGAAGGGGCUGUCAUUUCAGGUGAAAUGGUGCCCCCAUGUAUGAAGCCAAAGAUGGCAAGAAACAUGGUACUGGCUUGUCAAAUGUGUGUCCUAGACAUAUGAGGCACUUAGCAGAAUGGGAGGCACUUAAUUUUUAUGAUCUUCUUCCUAAUCCCCUUGGCUGUUCUUCUUACAUCCCAAAUCUGAUUUUCUCAUCUUUCUUCCAGCUCCAAGGAGAAACACCACAUUGAAUGGAAGGCAAUGCUCCGCUUGCCCACCUGAUGGAGCCGAGUGUAAGUUUCCGCCCAUCAAAUGUGCUGGAGAGGAGACCAAAUGCUUUGAGAUAUCUGGAACUACAACCAUAGGUAACUAUAAAUCACCUAUUCUUAUAAGGGUUUGUUGGAGGAACUUGAUUUCUGCAACUCUUGUUGCAGAUUGGCCUCAUCCACACCUACAAUGUUUUCUGAGGAAGGUAAUUGAGAGGGUUGUGGGAUGGCAACUGUAAACGUUUUUUGAAGACACCAAUCAUCUAGACCAAUUCCAGUCUGAUUUUGGAGCUGAAUUAGUCUGGGUUGCCUUGAAGGGGUGACCAUGAUCGAGAGAGAGUCAAGGGGAGGGCAGCCUGACUUCUACUCCUCAUCCUCUUUGUGGUUUUGAUACCUUAGUAUCCUCCUGGACCACACUGUGGGAUGGGUUUCGGAGGUACUGCUUUACAUUCCCGUUUCCAGCAUUAGAGAGUAUCAUUUAUGCAGUUAUGCUGUGGAGUUCUGCAGUCAUUUGGAUAAGUCAUUAGGAGAUGUGGAGCAUGCUGUUAUUGAUGCAUGCCCCCCCAAAGUCUGUUUCUAAACAGUACCUAAAUCAGGUGCAAGUGGGCAUGAAAUGGGCUGGUGCCUGGCACAGUGAUGGGCUGGAUGGGGGCCAAAAAACUGAGCUUAAAUCCUGGGAUAAUGUGGGUUUUGUGGGUGAGUGCUUCACUGGUCUGGGAAAUCUGUCAGUAUGAGAUUGCAUUGUCCCUUCCAACCCUAUGAUAGUAUGGUGUCUAUAGCCCUUCUUAGCCCUAGUGAUCCCCAGAUUGGAUUAGGGUGAUGCGUACUACAUAGGGCUCCCUUAAGGUUGGUCUAAAAGCUUCCGGUAAGGCAGAAUCCCCCAGCAAGACUUAUUGAAGGGGGUUCCAUAUCAACAGUAUGAAGCACCUGUCUUAAAAGAGCUGCACAAAAUAGAAAUGUUGAGAAAGAAAGUCUUGCCUUCAUGAAUGGCUUACAUUGUAUACUCCUGCCCAGUCACUUCAGCCUUUGGCAAAGAAAUUUGUGAUAGUGCCCAAUGCUCUGGAGGCUUCACUUCUGUCCACUAAGACAGGGGCCUUCAGUGUGGUGGCCCCUGCCUUUUGGAAUGCACUCCCAACAAACAUCUGGCAGGCACUACAGUAUUGGCAUUUAGAGACCUGCUUAAAAUCAUAACUUCACUCAGACCUGAGGGCGUGAGCCAGCCAUGUUUGAUGUAUUAAGCUGCUCUACUGAUCUGAAAUGCAUUUUGCCAAUUUUAGUGAUUGUUUAAAUCUCCAGCUCUCCCAAUAAUUCCCUUCUCUUCCUUCUCCUUCCCCUCUCCUCUCCCCCUCUCAUGCAGCUGCUUACACAGAGGGAGGGAGGGAGGGAGGGAAGGAGGGAGGGAGGAAAAGCACCUAUCCUCCUUCAUGCAAGGAAGAGAACAAAUGAAAGCCGCUAAAUGUCCCCCUGUUCCACUCUUGGAAUUUGUUUCCUGCCCAGCUUGCCCAGCCACUGACUCCCCCACGAAAUAGAAAAGUGAAAUCACUGGAUGAAGUAUCUCUCCUGAUAAAUGACUGCCGUUUCCUUCAAUUCUCUUUGCAGCAGGACAAACCGCAAACACCGUCCUCAAGGGCUGUGCAAAUGAACUGGCCUGUCAAGCAAUAGAAACAGGCACCAAAACAUUUGGGAAUGUGAUACAAGAAGUCAAGUCAGCUAAAUGCACAGAUGGGGCGGCCAGUACCAUCCCAGGAUCCCUUGGACUCCUCUUCCCAGCCCUUAGCGGGCUGCUGCUGGUCAAGUUCCUUGCUUGAUUCCCCAGUUGAUGCUAAGAUUGGAGAAUCCGCUUUGAGCUACUCCUCUUUGCUGCUUGCUUGUGGCUAUUAUUGAGGCCACCUACAGAUGCUGAAGAGCAAGGGCCAAAGGCCACUCUCCAGUCUUGUCUGUCUGGUCCUUGAGAGUCUUCCUUUGACACCUCCCUGCCCCUUUCACCCACCUUGAGUGCUUUUGGCUGCUUGGAAUGUGUCUUUGUGCUCCGAUGAUGCUUCUAGCUUGCCUGGUUGGAAGACAGAGAUGGAUGGCUGAGUGUGUGUGCACAAAAUAGUCUCCUAUGUAAAGGAGAGCUUUACAUUCGCUAGUCCCCAACGGUUGCCUCUGGCUCUGCCUACCAAAGGCAUGUGGCCCCCAGUAGUCUGUGCAGAAUGGAAUGUGGCCCUUGGACUUACAAGGCUUCCUCAUCCCUGCCCAUAGUCUAGAAGCUCAUGUUUACAUCUACUGCCCUCCAACAGGAGCAAAGGGUGAUGUUGACCAAGGGCUGGUUGGUGUCUUUACCAGCAGAUGCCACUAUUGGGUGGCAGGCAAAGGAGGCUGGCUGUGUCUGUACAAUACACAACUGGGUCUGGAUAGUGGCCAGCAGUCACUAGCGAUGCCCUCCUGGCCAGUGGUAUUUCCAUCCUGAUUCAGCACUGGGUCACAUAGUCAGCACGCACCUUUUCACUGAGCUAGGGCUUUUCUCUAGGAACUGGUGAAUCUGCCCAUUUCUCUCAGUGUCUCCCAUUCCCCCACCGCAUAAUAGUUCAUAAUAGUUCAGUUCUCCACAUUUCUGCAUUAUAUUUCUUUUUUAAAAAUGGAAUAAAGGUCACAAAAAUCAUCACCAUUUUAGAUUCCACUUCUCCUAGCAUACAUUUUUUGUAUGUCAAACAUACCCAAAGUUUCCAAGCAAUUUCCUGUAAUAUGCAUUUAUGCACACUAUAUUUAAUGAGUUUUAAUGCACAUUAACAUAUGUGAUUAUGUACACAUUGGUUGCUUGCAGAGCGGUGCUGCAGAAGUGGAGAUUCCGAAGGAUACCUGCUUUUUGGUUCAUGCCCAACCCAAUCCUGGAAAGAAAUACACUAGCGCCAAAAAACAUCAUUUAGAAAUGUUUAAUCUGAAGAAAAGUGCACUCAGUGCCCUGGGCUGCUUUACAACAGUAGGGUAAGCUCAACUCCACCACAAAAUUGUACAAAAGUUAUGGGAAAGAGGCAAAAAAGGAGAGCAAGUGGUAAAUUGGUAUCCUUUGAUAGACAGCUUGCAGAACCCUACACAGCUGACACUGAUAAGAGCGCUUUGCUUUAUUUUCUUCCUCUAGUGAUGAAGUCGUCUCCUCUCAUAAUUCAGUCCUGGUUCCACUUUUGUAGUGGAUGAGUGACUUCUUAAAGGCAUUACAGAUUUUGUUCUCUACUGUUGGACUUUUGUGCAGCAUUUUAUACACACACACACAUACAUUUCACCCAACUUUUUUGGGGGGGAGGGGUCUUUUUUUUAAAAGCUUCUGUAAAACAGCCAAGAGAAAGUUGCUAUUGGGAGGUAUAUAGAUGACAGCAGGUAAAUAAGCAAAUAAUCUCCCGGUAGUAUGGGAAACAUCGACUUCGUAUGCAUCAAACCCAGGGAUGAAGCUCUGGGUUUUCAAAUUGUGCCGCAACGUGUGUCCGUGUGUGUGUGUGUGUCUAUGCAGGGGUGGCGACUUGGGCCCCAGAUCAUGCAUGCCCAAUCACACCUGUGAUGUAAUGUGACGUCAAGAUGUCACAUUACAUUGGCAUGCUGCAGCGGCGCUUCCAAGGCCUCAUGGGGCCUCGGAGGUCAUGUCCGAUGCCUUGAGAGACAUCUGACGUGAAGUCACCUCAGAGGCCUGGCGGGGCCUUGGAUGUCACUUCCAAGGCCUUGUGGGGCGUCGAAUGCUUUGCAAGGCCUUGGACAUUGCCUGGGAGGUCACAUCAGGCUUCUGACAUGACUUCUGGUGCCGAGAACCCACAAAAGAAUGUGAGUACCCAGGCCCCCAAGAGUUGUCUCCAGUGUGUCAAUGUGUAUGAGAGAGAGCGCGCAAGGGAGGCAGAACUAGCAUAUACGUCACAGGAAAGUGCCUUAGAGAACUGCUACAAGCACAGUUCUCUCUACCCAGUGAUAAACUAUAAUUGAACUGCUGUGCCAGCAAUGCCAACAGUUUUUGCCUCUGCUUCCCACCUUCCAGCUUUUCCUGGUAUUGUGGUAAAACCGCUCCUUGGGUUGUUGUCUUUUUUAAUAUCAAGAAGUAUCUUAGUUGAUUAAGGAACAAAUCUAAUACUGUGUGGCUUUUUACCAUGUAUCUUUACUGUGCUAUAUGAGGCAUUCAUCCAUAUUCCCACCACCACCACAUAUGUAUUGAUUGAACCUGUGGAUUCCAUCAAAUGCACAUGCAGAGAUCUUUUGAAUAUAUAUAUAUGUGUGUAAGUGAAAGAAAUAAUAUGCUUAGAAAUUGGGGUACUAAAUAAAACGAGAUAAAUAAAUCAAGCUAUUAUGUGCUGUUAGCAGUUUUUAUUCACGUGUAUUUUCCAUAGGUUUGCCUUCAGGUGAACUCAUCGAAAGGAUUUCUAAACAUGUGUUUAUUGCAAUGAAUGGGGGUAAAUUCUGGUUUCCUUAGUUUGUGAGAGGCAGCCAACAAGGCUGUCACUCCUUUAUUGUUUGUUUGUUUGUUUGUUCUCUUGAUUGAGUCCCUGUCAAGUGUGGGGAGCAUUCAUCUCUGCAGAUGUUGGUGAAUUCAAACUCGCCAUCGCCGCCAGCAAACAUAGCCAAUGCCACUGUCCGGGUUACAGGCAGUCGGAGUCCUGGCUUGGUACGUUGGGACCGUGGUAGAGGUCGGGAAGCAGGAAUCAGCAGUCCAGGGUCAGCAGUCCAGGGGUCAGGAAGCCAAGAAACAUCUGGAGGGCCAAAGGUUCCCGACAACUGCUGUUAAGGAAUGGGCUGCUAUUUACAGUUGUGAAAGUCACACAAGAAGAAUUCAACAUUAAUUUAUAUGCCAAUCAUGUAGCUUUGUGCACAUUCGAUCCUGACAAUCCACUUGCAAAACUGUUGGCGGUAAUUGAAGAUUCCAGCAGAAUCUUGACGAUAAAUUUCAUGUUGGGCAAGUCCCGAAAUCAGAAUGUUUUGGAUGGCUGCAGUUAAUGAAAUAGAAAUGAUCGCUGCAUAUG